AUGAACAGGAAAACCAGGCGCUGGAUAUUCCACAUCGUUCUGAGCCUAGGGCUUGUCUAUAUCAAAAUUGGGGGCUUUUCCUCCGUGGUGGCUCUGGGGGCCAGCAUCAUCUGUAACAAGAUCCCCGGCUUAGCUCCUAGACAGAGGGCGAUCUGUCAGAGCAGACCUGAUGCCAUCAUCGUGAUCGGAGAAGGCUCCCAAAUGGGAAUCAACGAGUGUCAAUUUCAGUUUCGCAAUGGACGGUGGAAUUGCUCGGCCUUGGGCGAGAGGACGGUCUUUGGAAAAGAGCUGAAAGUGGGUAGUAGAGAAGCAGCAUUCACCUAUGCCAUCAUUGCUGCGGGAGUAGCACAUGCAAUCACUGCCGCCUGCACCCAGGGGAACCUGAGCGACUGUGGCUGUGACAAGGAAAAACAGGGACAGUACCACAAAGAUGAAGGAUGGAAAUGGGGAGGCUGCUCUGCAGACAUCCGCUAUGGAAUAGGAUUCGCCAAAGUGUUUGUGGAUGCCAGGGAGAUUAAGCAGAAUGCAAGGACGCUCAUGAACUUGCACAACAACGAGGCGGGGCGAAAGAUCCUUGAAGAGAACAUGAAAUUGGAAUGCAAGUGCCAUGGUGUGUCAGGAUCAUGUACUACUAAAACCUGCUGGACAACUCUACCUAAAUUCAGGGAGCUGGGCUACAUCCUUAAAGACAAAUACAAUGAAGCUGUUCAGGUUGAACCAGUAAGGGCAAGUCGUAAUAAGCGUCCAACUUUCUUAAAGAUAAAGAAGCCACUCUCCUACCGUAAGCCCAUGGAUACAGAUCUAGUGUAUAUAGAGAAAUCGCCUAACUACUGUGAAGAGGACCCUGUUACUGGUAGUGUGGGAACGCAAGGCAGAAUGUGCAACAAAACAGCCCAGCAGACCAAUGGCUGUGAUUUGAUGUGCUGUGGACGAGGUUAUAAUACUCACCAGUAUUCAAGAGUGUGGCAGUGCAACUGUAAAUUUCAUUGGUGCUGUUAUGUUAAAUGUAAUACAUGCAGUGAACGAACAGAAGUGUACACCUGUAAAUGAAAGUGUGGCUUGGGAGAGGGAAUCUAUAGCCCUGGAAUAAACACAUUUUUUUUUUGCACAUAAGCUCAGUGUACCUAUACAAGACUGUAGCAAAGACCUAUGCUGAUUCCAAAAGAAAAGCUAGCAAGUGGAUCCUAUUUUUCCCUCUGACAUGUCAGCGCUUUAUGGAUACUCUUCAAAAACAUAGAGAAAUAAGCCAAAAUCAACAGCAACUUUCUAAAAAGGAAGCCGAAACAAACAAGAUACCUGAUCCAAAAAAAUAAGCAGGAAAAAGAAGCCGGUUUCAAAUGAUUGGCGCCUUCAAAAUAUAAUUUAUUGACUGCCUUAAAGGGAAAAAAAAUACCUGUUGAGACCUUGGCAAUGUGCCCCCUGGGACUGGAUGAGAGAGAUCUUGAAAUACACAA